GCCGCGCGGGGAGUUCUCAAUUUGCGGGUAGGAGAGGAGUUUCCACUGCGGGGCUGCGGUGCGGGGGCUGAAGUUUUUAAUGUACACGUUCUGAAAGAAGAAAACGACGGAAAGAAAAACACAAAAGGAGAAAACGAACUUAAAUUAAACAAUGGCGGUGUUCAGGAGAAUGCUCGUGCUGUGUCUGAGCUGUUCACUCGGACCGAUGUUAUCAGUCCAGAUGUGCGAUAUCAGGAUAGACCUGGAAAUGGAGAAAGAUGAGUGCUUGGCCAAGUUGCAAAAUGUCACAUCAGGCUGCAGCAGCGAGUGGGACGUUGCGUGUUGGCCGUCGGCGUCUGUUGGACAGCUGGUCACCAUCCCCUGCCCCAAAUACUUUAUUCAUGUCAGUGACCGGGAAGGUAAUAUAUCAAGGUUAUGCACAGAGGAAGGAUGGGCCCACAUCGACCCUGCUGUGAGUGCCGAGAACUGCGGCUACAGCCUCAAUGUCACCGAGGUGGACAUGGAUUUCCCUCAUGGUGAAUUCCUGCACUCGGUGAGGAUCGGAUACACCAUCGGCCACACCGUGUCUCUGACGUCCCUCAUCAUCGCCAUCUUUAUUUUGUGCUUUUUCAGGAAACUCCAUUGUACGAGGAACUACAUCCACAUUCACCUCUUCCUGUCAUUCAUCCUGAAGGCCAUCGCGGUGAUAAUGAAGGACGUGGCGCUCUACGAGGUGGAUCCAGACGAGUGCAAUCCUGGUUCUGUAGGAUGCAAGGCUGCAAUGGUGUUCUUCCAGUAUGGUGUCAUGGCCAGCUUCUUUUGGCUGCUGGUGGAGGGCCUCUACUUACACGCACUUCUCGCGGUCUCCUUCUUCUCCCACAGGAAGUACUUCUGGUGGUACAUCCUGAUUGGCUGGGGAGUCCCAGCGCUCUUCAUCACCAUAUGGAGCAUUACUAAAGCCUACUUGCAUGAUGUCGGAUGUUGGGAUUUUAUUGAUGACAAUCUGUGGUGGAUUAUAAAAACUCCCAUUUUACUAAUAAUCCUGCUGAAUUUCAUCCUCUUCAUGUGCAUCAUCCGGAUUCUUCGUCAGAAAAUCAACUGCAGGGACAUCGGCAGAAACGAAUCGAAUCAAUACUCGAGGUUGGCGAAAUCGACUUUGCUUUUGAUUCCUCUGUUUGGAAUAAACUACAUCAUCUUUGCCUUCAUGCCUCAUCAAGUACGGUCUUACAUGCGGCUGGUGGUUGACCUUAUGUUGGGCUCUUUUCAGGGCUUCUGCGUAGCCAUUCUGUACUGUUUCCUAAAUGGAGAGGUGCAGUCUGAAAUCAAGCGGAAGUGGCGGCGGUGGCACAUGCAGAGGUUUCUGGGCACCAACACCAAAUACCACCAGCCUUCUCUGGCCAGCAACGGCAGCACCUCCAACACCCAGAUCACCAUGCUGACCAAGUGCAGCCCCACCACGCACCGCAUAUCAGGCUGCAUGGACGACUUCUCCACCAUUUGAGAUGACAGAAUGGCCUAAUAUCCAAAAAUCCAGAACUCUCCCACACUCCAGGGUCGAGCUCAAUCCUGAACUGGUUUCCAUCAUCACAACGUGAACGGCAUGGCAGUGGAAUGCUGUGGAGUUUAGAUGGUCGGUGUUAAAUAGGCAUGUGGUGUAGUGCAUCCAUGAUGUGAAUGCUGAUGUUCUUAGUCAUUCUAGUAGCUAGCCCUAGCGAGGGACACUGGGGGGUGAGGGGGACCUGGGGGGGGAAGGGGAAGGACAGGUUUCGGGACAUGUCAUUAUCAGGAAACUUUCUGACAUGCAAAUAUUUGUAAUCAUCAUGUCCAGCAUCUGCGAGCGAAGAACAGAGAAGAUUGUACUCUGUGAAGUACGUGAGUGUGGAGUAUGUCCUGUCCAAAUCUUGAAUCAUCCCAACUCUUUCAUCCCACACGCAAACACACACACACACACACACACACACACUCAUCCCAGGUUUGGAUUGGUGAUGUGAGGGCUGACAUUUAGUGCUGUCAUCUCCCUUCAUCUGGGCCUCAUUAGCCUGCUCUAGUUGGAUUAAAUUGUCACUCCUCAAACCCUUAAUUACCUGUAAGGUGACCUCAGAGGUGUGUAUUAAGCCUGUUUAUUUCUUUUUUUUUUUUUUGCUCUCAUUAUUAUUUGGAUGUGACCAGCAUGAACAAUCUUGCCUUCUUGUCUGCUUUUCCUACUUGUUUGUUAUGCUAUCCUUCCUUUUCUCAUUUUAAUUGCAGACCCCUGGUCUGUUCCACUGACAGUCAUAAAGAAUGUUUCCUUUUAAUUCCAGUAUAUUUAUCAUGUAUGUAUGCACGUACGUAUGUAUAUAUUCGGGGUGUUUUGUGCCUGUAAUGUUAUUUUAUAGAUCUAUCUGUAAAUGUUGGCAUUGUAAGUUGUAAUUUUGUAAGAUUUGUAUUGUAUAUGAAGUGUAUUAUUGUGCUAUAUUCAGACAGUUCAGAAUACUCAUAUUUUUUUAUAUUUGUAAAUGUAGUUGAUAAUUUUGGGACCAGAGUGUCUGAUCAAAAUCAUAUUUUCUGUGGUUUGGUACAAUUCUCAUGAAUGUUUACAUGCAUGAUCCUAAUACAUGUGUAGAAGAGAACACCUAUUUAUGUACAUGACAUGGUCAAUUAAAUAGUUUUUCAGAUAUUUCUCACUCACAUCUGCUGUAUAUUCAUGAAAGCUGAAAAAAAAUAUUAGAUUUCAUGUCUUGUGUGUAAUGAUGGCAGUCAGUUCUCCUAGACAUGAAGACAGCGUGUAAGAAUGAAAUAGACGCUGGUGGUGAGUGUAUGAGAGAGAUACCAUCUUUGUUUACCCGUACUCUAAAAUACAUUCCAUCUGUUAUUUAUCCGUUAAAUCCCUUGUUAAAUUAUUCCCAUAUCCCCCUACUUUCAGUGACAUUCAUCCAUGUCCGGCGCUUUCCGACGUGUAGCACUCGACCCCACCAGACCCAGGAGCCAGACUGAGCACUCAGACUUGAUUUCUAAUUUGAUAAGGAAUCCUGAACAUCCCGCUGUUUUAAUAAACUGGAUGAUCUAACAGCAGACUCUGGUCCUAGGCCAGCUAAACUGAAUCUCAUAGUCAGCACAGUCUUGAAGACUUUCCUGUGGUGGAAAACGUACAGCUACAAAGCACUGACACUGGAGACUCCUUCCAUAAACAUUAAAUAAACAUUUCUUUACAGAAAACUUUACCACAUCAGUGAUUGGAUGCUUCCUUUGUUAAAUAAUAAACAAUUUUGUAUGUUUUUAUUAUUAUGUUUAGUACUUGUUAAUGAGUUGUUUCUAUAUAAACGAUAACGUAUUAUAGCGAGCAUGUUAAUAUAAAUCUGUGAUUUGCCUUGCAGCCGGAACUACUGUCAGAGCAGCUGUUAUAGAAAAUUAAUCAACACCAAUCAGAAUCAGGAAUUCUUCAGCACAGGGGUAUAAGUCAUAUAGACCUCUGAGAUCUUUAAGGAUUUUUAUUAAAAAUGGAGCCAUGAAAAAGAGCCAAUCCUGACUAAUGUUAAUACGUUUUUCAUUAACCUGUAGCCAAACACUCGGCUUAUUUUAGAUUUAUUUAUUUGCACAACUGACUCACUGUUUGCGGUUUGGCUAAAAUGCUUUCCCUGAACCACAAGGACAAAAUAGAAAAUAAUUAGCUGCUGUCUCCAAGCCGCUGUGAUGUAUUGCAGAAUAAAACAAUGCAAUCAGUGGAGAUUUCAUGCUAAUCUGCCACAUGGAAUACCAGUUUAACAAACCAUUUCAGUCUAUAAGCUUCGGCUAUGCAGCUUACUCUAAUGCAUUAAUG